AAAACAAACAAAAAAAUGCUUUCAAAGAUAAAGCCGGUGGUUCUCAUGUCGUUCUUGCUUCUGUUUCCAUUGUGUUCUUCGGGGUUUAGAGAAGGCCAUGGAGUUACUCACACCGACCAAAAUUCCUUAAACAAGGUUGAAGAGAGUAUUCCAACGAUCAUGGAUUAUCCGGAACCAGGUCCAGACCCGAAACACGAUCCAACAAAACCCGGUUAUGGUUUUCCUCCCCCACCGCCACCGCCACUGUCACCGCCACCGCCACCGAAGAUGAACUAAGAAUCAUGAUGAAGCAAAAAUAUGUAAUAUCGUUAAAUCAUGCUCGUGAGAAGAACUAGUAUUCAUGUGAAGCAAAAGAAAAACUUAAAUAUGAUGAUUCUAUGAUAUGUACUAUCAAAGUAAUCAAUCAAAUAUAAAAGAGUAAAUUUGGAAAAAUUGGUCAAUUGUUUGAUCUUUGAUUUUUUUCCUAUUUAUGAA